AUGAACGGUGGGAAGUAUGAAAUGGAGUCUGAUGAGUUUUUUAUUAAUGCUGUUCUAGAGGACCGAGAGAUCAACGAGUUUUCCUGGGAGUUUAGCGAGAUAACAAGCAAUUCUGAUGUAAGAGGUAGCACAAGAAUUGAAAGAGGGGCGGAUUCUGACAGUGAUGUAGAGUUUAUAGACAGGAUGGACAUUGAAUCGCCUCUGUGGGAAAGGAAUGCGGAAGAUGACACGUCCUCUGGGAAUGGGCUGAAGAAGAACCUAGGAAAACUAGAGUUGAAAGGAACGGACGAAGGGUCUGUCCUGAGAAAGGCAGAUGCAUGUUUGAGGAGCAUGCUUGGAAGCAAGGGCAUAGGUGAGGGGGCAAGGAGUGAGAAGAGUGCUGUGGAUUAUGAGUACUACUCAUCGCUUGGAGAAGGUGUUUCCGACAUCAGUGUUGUUUCUGGUGGGGAGAUAGAGUAUUCCAGUGAUAUUGAAAUACUAUCAUUAGAGGAGGAGAAGAAAGGGAUAGUGGAGAAGUUUUCUGACUCAUGCAGCCUUAACAAUGACUGUAUCAGAACAACGUUUCUCAGGUCAUCUAUGGAAGACAAAGGAGAUGUGGAUGAUUCAUUUCCGGUGCACAUUCUGGAAGAGUCUUCCUUGUCAUCCUGUGAAUCUGACGAGCCAAGGUCUAUAGAGGAGUUCUAUCUUCGUGAGGUUUUCAAGAUGAAAGAGUUCAGAAUGAACCAGAGGGAGGUUAUACAGGCAUGCCUGUCUGGAAAGGAUGUGUUUGUGCUGAUGCCUACUGGAGGAGGGAAGAGUAUCUGCUACCAGCUGCCGGCUCUUGUGUAUGAGGGGAUUACCAUUGUUGUAAGCCCUCUUCUUUCGCUUGUGCAGGACCAGAUUCGGAAUCUGCUAGAGAAAGACAUCCUCGCGCUUCCUAUCAACUCUAAUCUAAGUAGGACGGAAAGAAGCCUUGUUUUUGAGGUUUUGGGAAGCGAAGAGUUGAUAUGCAAGAUAUUCUAUGUGACACCCGAGCUCAUUGCAAAGAGUGGGCACUUCCACGACGUGGUGUCUGGGCUGGUGAGAAGGGGAAGAUUGAAAAGAUUUGUGAUAGAUGAGGCACAUUGUGUUAGCCAGUGGGGACACGACUUCCGGCCUGACUACAAGGAGCUUGGAAGCAUAAGGGCGAGAUAUCCUUCUGUACCGAUCAUAGCAUUAACUGCCACUGCAACAAAGAAGGUUGAGCUUGACAUUCUAGAGAAUCUUGGGAUCCGGGGAUGUGAGACAUUUAAGAUGAGCUUUAACAGGAGCAACCUGAGAUACGAGGUGAGGGCGAAGACAAGCACUGUUGAGCUAGAUAUUGUGAGUUUUGUUCAGACACACUUUCCUGAUUGCUGUGGAAUAAUAUAUUGCACGUCAAAGAAGGAAUGCGAAAUGAUCAGCGACAGAUUGAAAAAGUACAUGAAGACUGCGUUUUACCACGCAGGCCUCAGUAAGAACGAGAGAAACAGCGUUCAAGAGAAGUGGAACAAAGGAGAGUUUAAGGUGAUUGUUGCCACGAUAGCAUUUGGGAUGGGGAUUGACAAGAAGGACGUGAGAUUUGUCAUCCACUAUUGUAUACCAAAGUCGCUUGAGGGGUAUUACCAGGAGACUGGGAGGGCAGGAAGAGAUGGCCUAGAGAGUGUGUGUGUACUAUUCUAUACGUAUGGAGACAAGAAGAAGAUCAGCUUCAUGAUUGAGAAGGGGGAUGGAGGAUAUGAGCAGAAGCAAAGGCAAAGAGAGGAUCUGGAGGCUGUUAUCCAGUUCUGCGAGAAUAAGACUGAUUGUAGAAGGAUGCAGGUACUAGCGCAUUUUGGAGAGAAGUUUGAUCCUCAGAUGUGUAAAAAGACGUGUGACAAUUGUAGAAGAGAGGCCAUUGUCAAAAAGGACUAUAGCAAGGAGGCACGCGAUUUGAUUCUUCUUGUCUAUACGAGCAAUCGGAUUACACUGUGCCAGGCUGUGGAUGUGUACAAGGGAUUGUCGAAUAAAAAGAGCAGAGAGUAUUCUGAAAGUGAGUACUAUGGGAAGGGGAAGUAUCUGAAGAAGACGGCCAUAGAGAGGAUUCUUCGAAGUCUCAUAAGUCAGGGAUACAUCCAAGAAAAAAUAGAGUUUAUGGAAAGGAGGUUUUCGUGGUCUUAUCUUGUGGCCAGGAGGACGCGGAUUGAGAGGCUUGAGCUAGACGAGGAGGAGGAAGAGGCUAGCAAGACGCCUCGGGAUAGGAAGAGAAAAGAUGCCGCAAAGGGGGUGGGAAGUAGGAAGACUACGAAAAAGAUUAAAAGAUGA